AUGUUUACAAGAACAAGACAUCUUGAUGCCAGGGAGUACCACCUGAAGAAGCUGAAGAAGCUGAAGAAGCUGCUGUCGAGCGAUCCAGUACUCAAGACGAUCAAGCCGAAGCUGACCGGAUCUCUACGCGGACCGAUAACAGUGCCUAAGCCAACCUCUAACGUGUUGGAGGCGCUCCGGCGUCUAAUCAAUCUGCUAACGGAGGCGGGGUUUACGGCGGGAACGUUCUACGCACAAACUCUGAUAGAAAGCAACCACGAUCGAGUGAUCGCUACCGGACAGUCGCUGUUUAAAAUGUUGAGUCCGCUUCUAGGAAUACGUGACCCCGGAGACAACCCGACCCCGCCGAUCUGCACCUCGGAUCAACGGAUCACGCCGCGGAUUACGAUGGAUCAAGUUCCCACGCCGAUAAACGAUUCUCACAAGGGUGAACACACUGGAUCGUCUCGAUACGCUUUAGCGGAAUCGGAAGAGAACUCGAACAAUUCGUUCGAGAUCUAA